ACGUUUAACUUUUUUGACACGUUUUCUAUUGUUUUUGUUAUAAUGGCUUGCAUCUAAUGCAUAAUAAUGCGGUGUCGCACUGUAGUGUACCUAAUGAGGAAAAUCGUACUGGUGGCGCUUUAUUUUGGUCAUCGCUUCUGCUAACUUAACUGCAUGCUGGAGACGUCCGAACCUCACGGGUCCGAGAAAUUUCGUCCAAACUUCAAAAACGGUGGCAUCCAGAAAUCAGCAGAGUCCCCUCACAUGGACAAGGCAGUAGAGGCACUGGAACGGACCGGCUCAGCCAGUCGAAAGCACAGAGAGCUACUGGGCUUGCACACACAUCCACAUACAGGCAGGGACUUGGAGUCUGCAUUCUCCAUUGCCAGCUGGACCCGCAGAUAAAACUUAAUCUGUCUGUAGCCACACUCAGUUGAGGGAACAUCUUCAGCUACGGCAUUUGACAAUGUCAGUUAUCAAGAGAGAGACCCAGUGCAGAGAGCCCACUCCGUCUCCGCCUCCUCGACAAAUGGCCCCACCCAUGUCUGAGGUAUCCCUGUCCCCACCUCCGCCUGAGGUGCCUGUGCCAUCUUUCAUCCAGGUCACAGACGGUGGUCUGUUUGCAGAGAGCAGCGUCCCAGCCAGUACCAUCUUCGGACCGUACAAGGGAACAAUUGGGAAAGUCCAUCCAAGACGGAGCGAGGAUGGAGAUGACACAACCCAGCUGACAGGUUUAAAAUUCCAGGACUCAGCUGGCCAGGAAUAUGCUAUCGACAGGACAGAUGGUGAUCAGCCAUGGUGGGCAUACAUCAGACAGGCCACAGAACAUAACCAGGCCAAUGUAGGUCUCUUCUCACAUAAUGGAGUGUUGUACCUGAAAAGCCUGAAGCAUAUUCCCAAGGCUAAGGAACUUUUCCUGGUCUUGAGCACACCCCUGGAAGAUGUAAAUACAGUAGAGGCAGACGAUGGUGAUUUGACAACUAGUGCUUUGAGCAAAAUUCCUAGUCCUCUCAUUAUGCCAUCACCACAGCCUGCUAAUAAAGGCCUCUUGGAGGGUCCUCCAUUCAAAUGCGAUUUCUGUUGCAUUGAGUUCCGUAACCCUAGUAACCUAGAUGCUCACAGAGUGUACUACUGUCCCGGUACUGCCACAAAACCCAUGCCUUCUUCAAGACGUCGCUCAACUUCAACCACGCAGACAGUCUCACCAAACAACUCUACUGUUAAAACUGCUUCUGUUCAGACAACAGAAACUCGCGAGGUGCCGGCCAUGCAUUCCAAAGCUGUUACCGUGAAGACUGUCAAGACUUUUGUGUGCCAGCUGUGCCAAUCCUCGUUCGAGAGCCAGAGCAACUGCGAGAGUCACAUGCUGCUGCUGCACUGCGAUGAGGUGGCCAACCUCUGCAAAUUCUGCAACUUCAUCAGUGAGGACCGGAAGGGCCUGUGCCAGCACGUCUUCUCCCAUGUGAAGCUGACUCAGGUGGAAGAGAGCUGCUGCUCCUUGCCUGGCAACAGCAGUGACCCAGACUCUGGCUAUAAGAUCAUUGAGAAAGUCGUGGUAGAUGGAGGGGAUGAAAAAGAAAAUAGGUAUGAAGUGACAGCAACGGCCACCAAAAGGUGCAGGAACAAACUCCAAAACAGUAGCAUGCAGUCUGUAUUGUCUCCAGGAAUGAGACACAUUUCCAGCAGUCCUGUCAAUCUGGAAAAUAACUAUGCCACAAACCUUGCAUCCCCUGAAAUGAUGGCAACUCCCUCUAGAGAGGAAAGAUGCAGUCCAGCCAAAGUGAUCAGAGCGGAGAGUCCCAAUGGCAUUAGCAUUUGUGUUGGAGGAGCAAGAUCAAAUCGGUUACCAUCCAAGGAGGAGAUACUAUCCUGUCCCCAGUGCGACUUUGUGACAUCCAGGGAGUCAGUCCUCCUGAAGCACAUGACCCACCACACAAGCCUUCGGAAGAAAACACCAGACAGAGGCAUGGAUGCCCAUGCCCCCAAAACAGACGAGCAUCAUCUUGAAUGCUCAACUUGCCACCAGUGCAACAUCGUCUUCAUGUCCAAGAAAAACUAUUUGGCCCACAAACAGUACUACUGUGCAAGUAGACAUGCUGAGAGCACUAGUCCGUCGAUUGUACCGAACUGGGACAGCAAACCUGGAAAUACGCCACCCCAGGUUAGCAUUAAAACCAGAACUGCCGUGUCCGACAAAAUGGACACAAGCAACACAAGGAGAAGUUUAAACGGCUCUGACGAACUUGGAGAGACCUACCCUUUUGAAGUAGUACCACCGGGUUGCUCACCAUUUGAUGACAACGAACUGGACACCAACACUAGCCCUAGAAGUGUUGUCAGUCUGCACAGUACCUCACAGUUGAGUGCAACACCAUCAGCCUCCUUGGCCUCGCCUAACCCAAGGUGUAGUCCCAAGAGCAGACAAAUGCUCGGUCAACCUUUACAAAUGAUCCACCUUGAUGGUAAGCGACAGUUUCUGUCAACGGGUGCCAUACUACAGGGACCGCAGCUAGUCCUGGUCACACCAAUAGUCAUCCCCCAGAGCCCAAAAAAUGAUGCUGCUAAGCUAGAUGGCAAAUUGAAGAUACCUGUGAUCCGAUCAAGCCGGGCAGAACAGCCACUGGACCUGAGCACAAAGCCCAAGUCUCCCCCACUGUCUGAUCCCUCAAAUUCUAAUGGCUGCAGACCGACCGUGAUCACAACAGAACUGUCAUCCCAGCACAUCAGAGCCCAGUUGCUUGAGCGGCAGUCCCACCGUUGUGAAGAGUGCAAGAUCUCCUUCAGCAAGAAGGAGAGUCUGGUGGUACACAAGCAGUAUUACUGUGCCAGCCGCCACAUGUACUCACAGAAAGGCCUGGUGAGAACCAAGCAGUAUAAUGUAUUGAAACCACCCACAGUAAUGAGCAGCCCUCUUCAUAAUAAAAGCUUUAGCCCAGACAACCUUGCCAGUCAGUCACCAAAUUUGAAUGCAAGACCUUGUCACUUUGAAACAAGAAAUUCAAAACCGAAGGUCAGCAUUUCUGGUCAAUUGAAUUCUUCCCAAGCAUUUUCCAGUAGUGGCACAGCAGGCAGUGAUGCUGCAACUCCACAAACUACACACCACGCAGUUUCCUGUGCCUCAUCAUCAGAGCACACAAUCAGUAGCACAUUUGCUCUUCCUAAUGGAAAUGCUACACAUGAGCAGUCCUGCUCAACAGGCAUGCGCAGUCCAAACCAGCUGUGGUGUAAAACUCCCAAACUGAAACGAGCAGUGCCAGAAGACCGCAACAAACUUGACAAGGAACGAUCCCUCCCUCCAAUCAAAAGAAAGAAAAAUCUGAUAUUGGACGAAGAAUCCAGGCAUCCUUUGGCCACAACCAUAGACAUUGGUGGCCUGACUACAAAUGGCAUUGUUAUAAAAGAAGAACCCACAGGCAUGGACUCAGUUACGACCUCUGACACAUGCACAUACAGCAGCGUAAAGACUGUGGUGUCUUCCGGGACGAGACAGAUGCUUUCUGAAAACAUGCGAAGCAGAUCUACACCCUCACCCCACACUAACUCCCAAGCAGUUUCCCAAACCAUGAUCACAAUUAAGAAAGAACCACAGGACAGUGUCCCAGCCUCUAAGAGAUACUCUGGGGAAUCACCGAGGACUGUUUCCACAAUCAGCAGAUCCAUCGGAUCUCUCCAGUCACACUUAACAAGUGCCCCAAACAGACCAAACCUCCCCCCAAGGCCAUCCGAGGUCAGGCAUCCCACCACCACAGUGACCCCACUAACCAUCCCCAUGUACAGGCAUUCGUCCCCCAGACAGUCCAACCCCUCCAGGCACAUGACGCUCAGCUCCUACCUGAACACAGCCAACUCUAGGCCCCUGUUGCGAGGCGUCAAGCCCACGGUAAAACACUGCCGGAACUGCAACAUCUCUUUCAGCAGUCUGUCCACUUUCAUAGCCCACAAGAAGUACUACUGUGCCUCACACCACCAGGCAAAGAAUACAGCCACAUAACCACAUCUCUUAACAGAAAAAUGUCUGGUCACUAAACUUCAAUUGUUAUAUUAGUAUAUGGUGAUCCUGGCCAACUGCAACAAACUUUCAAGUAAAGUUUAAUUUCAUCCCAUUCAAUAAAUUUAUAAAAUGGGAAUUCACAGUAUUUCUACUACAUUAUCAAUUUCCCAGUGGUUAUUGAUAGCAGUUUCUCCAAUUUACUAAUUGCAAGGCGAAGAAAAUUGCUGAAAUGACAACAGGUGUUUUGAUGAGUAUGUAUUUAAGUUCUACCCUGGUGAGGGACCCAAUACCAAAUUUGAAUGAAAUUGUUGGUCACAUUAAAAUGUCAUAGAAAAGCAAAUGAACACUUGUCAGUAUUUUGCAAUGACGCAUAAGGGAAAUUUGUGUUAGGGGAAAAAAAUCAAGGAACUUCACAAAGCUCUCUAUGAGAAAUUCAUAUGUGUAAUGGCAUUGCUUAGGUGAGAGGUUCAUAAGAUUGGCCUCAAAGUAUAAGAAAUAACAUAUACAUGUAUGCAGUAAGGGUUGGUUCAUACUCACUGUGUCUGCACACAUGCAGCGCAUCAUGUAAAUGCCGCAUCUGACAUUCAUUUUCAUCUUUUCUCAAGUCUCAGCUGCUUGUGCAUAUCCGACAAAAGUUAAAUAAUAUCAAUUUGUCCGAAUACGCAUACAUUUGUUGGUACGUACUAUUCAUUAUUUUUACGAACUGCAUGCAAGGGUGCGCAUUUUCAUUACACACUGCGCUUUCCCUAACACACUGCAGACACCUCAAAACAGACCCUCGUGCAGCGUACACAGUGAAUACGCAGCAAGUAUCAAUUUGCCUUUAAGGCCCAUUUACACAGUUUCGCACAAUAAAAACCAAAGAGCACACUGGUUUCCUUUUUAGACAGCAAAAUGUGAGACAGGGCAGUUUACCUGUAUAAUUUGAAACCUGAGCAAUUUUUCCAUGGAUACCUCUCUAUGCUCUGUACAUUUAGCUUCUUGUUUAGGUAUGGUGUCACAGACAUGCUUGGUGAGAGCCUUCAUCAUGGCUUUGAUGGGGGCACCAUUGCUGGUGUGGAAUGUUAUCAACAAUAAUUUGCACAAGAAGAAAGGUUUCUACAUCGUGUUUUGGUGCAAUACACUGUUUCUGCUGUCACUUUCCAUUACCACUUCUGUAAAUGGGCCCCAAGAUGGCUCCAAAAUGACCUGCCAGUUUCAUGGCUUGAGAAGGACGGCUGACCCAUUCUUAAAAAUGGUGACACAUCCACUGAGGAAGUAAGCCAGCCCUCAAACUGGAAAAAUACAAAACUUGUGAGGGCACCAGGCAAAUACAUGCAGUUCAGAAAAGUUUACACCUGCAUUCCCAAGAACUUACAUGCACCUUUGCAGGUAUACCACCGCCUGUACUAUUUUAUCUUGACUUGAGCAGAUUAUUCUGUCUUUGUACUUACAAAUGUAUUUUUUUAAAUCAACAUCAAGAUGAUUUAUUUCCUUUUAAGUAAUCUCAAAUACCUUUAACUGAUGGAUAAGGAUUUUCAGAGUAGCAGAAAUCAGACUGCUGUUCCAAUUCAAAAUUCUUUUAUGAUGUCAUUAAAGAGCUCGUUUUACAAGAGUCAAUACAUCACAUUUGAAGGGCAGUUCAUUUGAAUUCUCUGAUAGAGUUGUCACUUCGUAAAUUUUAAAGGGCCUGUGCACUAGAAAGUUUUGAUGUAAUGACAGCCUUCAAUUUUAUAUGUGUGUCCUAUUUACCUUUAUUUUUAAUAUUUGUGACAUUUCCUAGUGUUUCAGGGGCUUCCAUGCUAACACAAUUUUCCAUAUUCAUAACCAAAACAGAGAUGUUAUCUUUGAGGGCUGUAAGUUUUUCAAGAUAGUACAUUCCAAUGCAGAAUUUUACUAGGUUGAAUUUUACCAAGCAUGGCUUGACGUCUUUCUUAAUAAAAAAAAAUGCAUGAUUUUCUACAUUAAGGUUUGGGCCAAUAAAAUUACAAGGAAAACAUG